UUAUUUACUCUUUUCAGUGGAAUUUGUCAACAGACUGGAGUCCUUGGCAGGAUUAUGACAGCCCAGAAGAUAUGCAGAAAUGAGUGCACUGGAGUAGCUGUGCCUGAGAUCUGCCUGUGCAGGCUGUCCACUGGAGAUGUUUGAAUGGUGAUUUACAUGGAACUCGGAAACAGCACUGUCGAUCUUCAGAGGGCAGAGUAAUCCUCCAGUAUCUCAUCACCAGCUUGCUGGCAGGCAGCAAGGCUAUGUUCCUCGGACCCUGGCCCUUUCCUCGCCUUCUGUCCUGGUUUGCCGUUUCUAGCAGACUGUCAGGACGGCAUGGCCUCCCUUCCUCCAAGUUCCUGAGAUGCUUGUGCCUCUUGGCCCUUUUGCCUCUCAUUCGGUGGGGGCAAGCACUCCCCUACAAGAUCGGGAUUAUAGGCCCCUGGGCAUGUGAUCCGUUCUUCUCCAAGGCCCUACCUGAGGUUGCUGCUGCUUUAGCAAUUGAACGAAUCAGCCGGGACAAGUCAUUUGACCGGAGUUACUCCUUCGAAUAUGUGAUUCUUAACGAAGACUGCCAGACUUCAAAGGCCCUCACCAGUUUCAUUUCCCACCAGCAGAUGGCCUCAGGAUUUGUUGGGCCUGCCAACCCUGGCUUCUGUGAGGCAGCCUCACUCCUGGGAACCAGCUGGGACAAAGGGAUUUUCUCUUGGGCUUGUGUGAAUCAUGAAUUAGAUAACAAACGUAGCUUCCCAACCUUCUCUCGGACACUCCCUUCUCCUAUCCGGGUGCUUGUAACCGUCAUGAAGUAUUUCCAGUGGGCUCACGCUGGGGUCAUUUCGUCAGAUGAAGACAUUUGGAUGCAUACAGCCAAUCGAGUCUCAAGUGCUCUUCGGAGCCAGGGCUUACCUGUAGGGGUCGUCCUGACCUCGGGACGAGACAGCCAAAGCAUUCAGAAAGCUCUCCAGCAGAUUCGCCAGGCAGACAGAAUUCGCAUAAUCAUAAUGUGUAUGCAUUCGGCCUUGAUUGGGGGAGAGACACAAACACACUUCUUGGAAUUGGCUCAUGAUCUGAAAAUGACAGAUGGGACUUACGUCUUUGUCCCCUAUGAUGUACUGCUCUACAGUUUACCUUAUAAGCACAGCCCCUACCAGGUCCUGAGGAGCAAUCCAAAGCUCCGGGAAGCCUAUGAUGCUGUGUUGACUAUUACAGUGGAGUCCCACGAAAAGACCUUCUAUGAAGCUUAUGCAGAAGCAGCAGCCAGCGGAGAAAUUCCUGAGAAGCCUGACUCAAACCAAGUUUCACCGUUGUUUGGAACCAUCUACAAUUCAAUUUAUUUUAUCGCACAAGCCAUGAAUAAUGCUAUGAAAGAAAAUGGACGGGCUAGUGCUGCCAACCUGGUUCAGCAUUCCAGAAACAUGCAGUUCUAUGGAUUCAACCAGUUGAUAAGGACAGAUUCAAAUGGAAACGGGAUUUCUGAAUAUGUAAUCCUGGACACCAAUGGGAAAGAAUGGGAACUCCGUGGCACGUACACUGUGGACAUGGAAACUGGACUGCUAAGGUUCAGAGGGACCCCAAUUCAUUUCCCUGGCGGCAGGCCUACUAGUGCAGAUGCAAAAUGCUGGUUUGCAGAAGGGAAGAUCUGCCAAGGAGGUAUUGACCCUGCCUUGGCCAUGAUGGUCUGCUUUGCUUUACUUAUAGCCUUGCUGUCUAUCAAUGGAUUUGCUUACUUUAUAAGGCGACGUAUAAAUAAAAUUCAGUUGAUUAAAGGACCCAACAGAAUCCUACUGACUUUGGAAGAUGUGACAUUUAUUAAUCCCCACUUUGGCAGUAAGAGAGGAAGCCGUGCCAGUGUAAGCUUCCAGAUCAUCUCAGAAGUUCAAAGUGGGAGGUCCCCAAGGCUGUCCUUUUCUUCAGGUAGCCUAACUCCAGCUACAUAUGAGAACUCCAACAUAGCAAUCUAUGAGGGUGACUGGGUAUGGUUGAAAAAGUUCCCUCCUGGAGAUUUUGGAGACAUUAAGUCUAUCAAAUCGAGUGCAAGUGAUGUGUUUGAAAUGAUGAAGGACCUGCGGCAUGAAAAUGUCAAUCCUUUAUUGGGCUUCUUCUAUGAUUCCGGGAUGUUUGCCAUUGUGUCCGAAUUUUGUUCUCGAAGGAGCCUAGAAGACAUACUUACAAAUGAUGAUGUGAAACUUGAUUGGAUGUUCAAAUCAUCACUACUGCUUGACCUCAUCAAGGGGAUGAAAUACUUACACCACAGAGAAUUUAUUCACGGGAGGCUAAAGUCUCGGAACUGUGUGGUAGAUGGGCGUUUUGUCCUAAAAGUGACAGAUUAUGGCUUUAAUGACAUUUUAGAAAUGCUGAGACUCUCUGAAGAGGAACCUUCUGAAGAAGAGUUGCUGUGGACGGCCCCCGAACUGUUAAGAGCCCCUGGGGGCAUCAGGUUAGGGUCAUUUGCAGGAGACGUCUAUAGCUUUGCCAUCAUCAUGCAAGAAGUGAUGGUCCGGGGUGCUCCUUUCUGCAUGAUGGAUCUGCCUGCCAAAGAAAUCAUAGACAGACUUAAAAUGCCUCCCCCUGUGUACAGACCCGUGGUUUCUCCUGAGUAUGCCCCUGCAGAGUGUCUCCAGCUGAUGAAGCAGUGUUGGGCUGAGGUUUCAGAACAGCGACCAACUUUUGAUGAAAUAUUUAACCAGUUUAAAACUUUCAACAAAGGGAAAAAGACUAAUAUUAUUGAUUCUAUGCUUCGGAUGUUGGAGCAGUAUUCUAGCAACUUAGAAGAUUUGAUCCGGGAACGGACUGAAGAACUGGAAAUUGAAAAACAGAAAACGGAAAAGCUUCUAACACAGAUGCUACCACUAUCAGUUGCUGAAUCCCUCAAAAAGGGCUGUACAGUUGAACCUGAGGGAUUUGACUUGGUCACCUUGUAUUUCAGUGACAUUGUGGGCUUCACCACCAUCUCAGCCAUGAGUGAGCCCAUUGAAGUGGUGGACCUUCUGAAUGACCUGUACACACUCUUUGAUGCCAUCAUUGGCAGUCAUGAUGUCUAUAAGGUAGAGACCAUUGGAGAUGCCUACAUGGUGGCCUCGGGCCUUCCCAAGAGGAAUGGCAGUAGGCAUGCAGCUGAGAUCGCAAACAUGUCCUUGGAUAUCCUGAGUUCUGUGGGUACUUUUAAGAUGCGACACAUGCCAGAGGUGCCAGUCCGAAUUCGAAUAGGCCUACACUCAGGGCCUGUUGUUGCUGGAGUGGUGGGCCUCACCAUGCCCAGAUAUUGCUUGUUUGGGGACACUGUGAACACAGCUUCUCGAAUGGAAUCAACAGGGCUACCAUACCGAAUUCAUGUCAGUCUCAGCACGGUUACAAUUCUUCAGACUCUGAGUGAAGGCUAUGAAGUGGAGCUUCGUGGAAGGACAGAGCUCAAGGGCAAAGGCACAGAGGAGACCUUCUGGCUUGUUGGAAAAAAGGGUUUCACCAAACCUCUUCCUGUACCCCCACCAGUGGGCAAAGAUGGGCAAGUGGGCCAUGGCUUGCAACCAGCAGAGAUUGCAGCAUUCCAAAGGAGAAAAGCAGAGAGGCAGUUGGUGCGAAACAAGCCAUAAGAUGGAAAGAACUCCAGCAUUUGAAUCUCCUCUUGGCAAAGCAACAUUGAAGCUCAUUACAGAUCAUGAUAUUCUUCUACCUGAGCAAGAUACUAGCGAAUGAUUAUUCCUCUGAGGUGGCCUAAUCUCCAGAGAAAAGUCAAGCCCAAUGCCAGUGUAUGGAGUCUCCUGGGAAGGAACUUUGCCCAUAGGUUUUUUUUUUUUUUCAUUUCCAAGUUUUCACUAAAACCAAACCAAACAAAAGCAAAGGGAAAACCCCUAAACUAUUGGAAUGCAAACUGAAAUGAAUGUCAACACCCAGGAAAGGUGUCCAAAGUGGCAUGGUCAACUUGGAUGAAGAAAAGAGGGCUCUCUUUUCAUAAAAAGUGGGUACUACGUUGUUUUCCUUUUAAUUUUAUUUGAAUUUCUAGAAAGUUUUUAGUGCACAUGACUGAUAAAUCAGAUGCCACGAGAUUAGCUCCAGGGAAAGGGACAGCUGACUUCUAGUCUAUGUUUAUAAUGCUAUGACAUUAGGUGACUGGAAAACAGAGACAAGGGACAGGAGGUGAAGAGCCCAGGUAGCUAUGUUACCUGGAUAACUGAAGGCUUCGAAGAAAUUUCUUUUCUUACAGCUUAUUGUUCAAAAUAUUUCAAAAUUGUUAUCUUUUUUCUUAUCUCCGUGCAGAGAAUCUAGACAAUAUAAUUAAAUUGUCCUUGCUAGGUGAGACUCUUCCUGGGCCUCAGGGACAUACAGUGAACAUGACAGAAUAAAUGUAAGGGACACUGUCAGCGUAAAAGACAAAGAAGUCACAGAAGCAAGGGAGCGAUUUCUUUGAAGUCUUAUAUUUCCCCUUCCUUCGGACUGCUCUGUUUUCAGCCUCCUAUUCAUUUCCUAAGAGAGACUCCUUUCAAUGUGUUAUGAUUUUACAAUUUCAGUUUUCAAGGUUGUAUUUUCAAGAGGCUAUUGGCAGUGGCUUGCCAUAGUCACAUGGACUAAAGCAGUAAGGCUUAAGGCAUAGGCAUUUUCAAAAUGGUUAAGCAAGCUUUUCUUCCCUUUUAUUAUAAAAAUAAUCUCUUUAUUAAAACCUAACCCAAACAUGUAAGCCAGUAAAGAAGUUAAUUCUUUUAGAACAACUCCUUUUAAAGGAAGAAAUGCCUAAGGUAUAAUUUGAUACCUUUGUCAACUGUUUGAUUUUUCCAUAACCAACUUACCCCAAAUCUGAGUUUGGAGUUAGAGCCAACCCCAACUGUUCUUUUUCUCUCCAGUGCUGAAUCAAAAUGCCCUGCAUUGCUAGCUAUCACAGCCUCAGGCAGUUGACUUACUAUGCAGGGGGAUGCAGUAAGGCUGAUGUUGACUUCGUUUCCUUCUGAUGAGUUUCUUGUUCUUUGUCUGGAUGUUCUAGUGAAGAAGGAGACACAGACAUGUUAUCACCUCUUUCUGUCAGUCAAGAGCUGAGCUUUUAAGACUUUCCUUCUAGAGUAAGAGAUGAUGCGAAGCAGUGUUUCUCUUUCAGAAGAGGUAACACAGUUCUCUACUAUGAAAAUGGAUGGAGCAUUGGAGGCAAAGGAUGGGCACUAGUUCUAAGUCAUCCAUAGAAUGCUGGGUACAGCGUUCUAUGGAUCAGGGGCAUCCCAGACAUAUCCCAUUCUGUGCUUCCCCACGUGUAGGCCUUCAAGUCAAUUGCUGUCUAACCGAGUGGUUCUCAACCUGUGGAUCACAACCUCUUUGGCAAAGCCAGUAAACCUUUCACAGGGGUUCCCUAAGAUGAUUGGAAAACAGAUAUUUACAUUAUGACUGAUAACGGUAGCAACAUUACAGUUAUGAAGUAGCAACAAAACUAGUUUCAUGGUUGGAGUCACCACAACAUAAGAAGCUAUAUUAAAGGGUUGUAGUAUUAAGAAGGUUGAACAUCACUGGUCUGGCCAAAAUCUUUCAGCAGACAGCAAGCCCUAAUGAGAGUGCUCCCUUGCUGUCUGCCUGACCCUCCUCCCUAUUUCCUUUCUUUCCCUUUAGCUGUUCAGUAUGUCGACAAAAUUUACCUUUCUAGCCUGUUUUCUUUCUCACACCUUGCUUUCCUUGAUUUAAUCACAAGUGAGUUCCGAGGUAAAGCUGUUACAUUCAUCUUGGUUUCUUUUGCAUAAAUGCCUUUACCAUUAACCAAAAUAAGCUUUCUUCUAUUUGCCUUGGUGUUUAUUAACUAUAUGAGAAGAAGGCACACAUUCCCGAUUCUCAUUUGAUUGACUUAGUGAGGUAGAGUCUGAUUCCUAUAUACAAUUGAUUAUCAGUCUAUUGCUUGCUAACACAGUGGGUGGAGCUGGUAGGGACCUGAGUGUUUUUUUUUUCAAAGCACUGUUCUUGUUUGUUUGUUUGUUUUGGUUUUUUGUUGGUGGGGGGUUUUUCUUUUAGAUAUUUUUCUUUUUAUUUAUUCCUCUCUCAUAUAUUAAACCCUGACUGCAGUUUUCCCUUCUUCCGCUCCACCCAGUCUCUCCCUCCCUCACCUCUUAUUUCCCCUGGCCCUAUCAUUCCAACUUUGCCUCCCCUCAGAAAAGUACAGUUCUUUCAGAGACAUCAACCAAAUACAACAUAACAAGCUACAAUAGACCAGGCAUAUAUAUUCUCACACUAAAGCUGGAUGAGUCAACCCAGUUGCAUGAAAAGCAGGCAAAAGGAUCAGAGACAGCCCCCAACUCCACUACUAGGAAUCCCACAAACUACUGUGCUACACAACCGUAACAUAUACACAGAGGACCUAGGUCAGACCCAUACAGAUUCCCUGAUCUCUGGGAGCCCACCUGAGUCUCAAGUCAGUUACACUGUUUUUUUUUUAAUGGCUUACAUUUCCUGUACAGGAUAAAAUAUUCAGAAAACGAAGGAUUUUCCAAUAGAGAUUUAAGUUAGUUUUAUUCUAACCAUUUUAUCUUUUUGCUUUCUGGUGAUUUGUCUCUUUUCAAAAUGGAUUACUGCAAAAGGAAGCAAAAUGCUAAUGAAGUACAAGUUAACUUUUGUUUAUUUGAAGUUUUACUGUAUAGUGUAGACCAUGGCUUAUUGCAAUGAUCAUCCAUUGAGGAUUACAUAGAUUUUUUUUCCUCUCUAGAUCACAAUAACAGUAUAUGGUCCUUGUAUAGAAUGGAGAAAACAUAGAAAACCACAAGUGAAGUUAGAAUCGCUCAACAUCACUUUAUGCUAGUUUGUGAUUCCCAUUUGGGUUGGCACGAUAGAUUAUGACAUGUUAUAAUAUCAUCUAUUCAGCCUAAAUCAGCUGAUUCUCAAACUAAACUGUUUGUGUUUAUUUUCUUGUCAGUGAUGUUUCUAAUAUUUUGAUGGUACAAGCCAAUUCUUAUAUACUGUUGGCAGAUUUCAGUGAUCCGUUUGCUCUUUAUCUCUCUUGGCAUAGCAGAGCAGACAGAGAUAACUGAUAACUACCUCGUCUAAGCUCAUAACUUGACUACACGAAGUUACUCCAUCAAGAUGCAUUAGUCUAAGGACUCCCAUGACUGCCUUGUCUUACACUUAGAAUUAUUAUACAAACAACUUGAUUAGUGUGACUCUUGUCUCAUCAUAUCAAUUGGGUUGUCCUCAAUCCAAAUGGAAUCAGCUUGCAAAGAGUAGGAAGUGGCACACAGCCAAGCAGCUAGGUGCUUACAUCUAUGUGAUAAUCCGGCAAUAGGAUAUAACUUAAACAUGCAGUUGAAUCAAGCUGGUAUUAUUAAGCUGAAAGAGCAAAGUAGUUGAACCAUUUACAUUAACUUCUUCAGGCAACCAUGGGUGGUCUAAUUAAGAAUAUGUCCCACUUGAUUGAUUGUUAUAUCAUUAAAAUAAUGGAUUCUGGCAUGGGGUGUAGCUUAGAUAGUAGAGUGCUCACCUAGCUCACCUAGCACCAACAUGACCCAGUAUGCCAGUCAGGUGUGGUGGUACAUGACUGUAAUCCUAGCCCUAAGGAGGUGGAGGUAAGAGAAGUUCAAGGUCAUCAUCAUCUACUUAGUGAGUUUGAGACCAAGCUGUGUGAUACAUGAGAGCUUUACAAAAAAAAAAAUGUAAAAUGAAGUAAUAGAGUCUGCACAAUAAAAUUUGUUGUCUUCUUGUCUCAUAUCUUCUUGCCAGGUCAAGAUAGUUGAUAGAUACAGCACAGGCAUAGACAUAAACACGCUUUUAUAAAACAUUUAUGUCAGUUAGUUGUACUUUGUUUGGUUUUCUGCUUGAGUGGUUUGUAGAAACCCUGACAUCUUCCUUAUUUUUCUUUUUGGAUUUGCUAUAAGCUAAACAAUAAUGAAUUGCAUUCAAAAGAAAGACCCAGAGGAGAAGUAAUCACUAAUCUGUAUACUGAUGUUGGCUUCCUAUAAAUUAGACUGGUUAGAAAUGUCCCUAAGUAUUUUCAAAAGUGUUUAAUCCCAAUUAAAAUUGCAUAUGUAAUCAGACUUGGUAGGGCCUUUGGAGGUGUCAAGCCCAUCAUACAACAGAGGAAAUCAAUGGAGUUCAGGAAGGAGAAGCCAUCUCCCUGAAUUCACCAUUUAGUUAGCAGAAAAUUAGCAAAGAUAUUAUCUAGGACAACCAAUAUUCGAGGCUACAUGAUAGAGAUCCUAAGGACAGUAUUUCCAAUUUUAUAUAUAGACAUGAGCUUGACAGGAACACUUUACCCUGGGAUGGGUGACACCAUCACAAGUCAGCAAGAAAGAAAAGAUAGAGAAGUCCUGGAAAAUAAAUUGCCUUUUACCACACACAUGGAUUCUCAUGCAAGGCAAUGCAAUUACUAAGUUGAUUUGACAUAAAUGGACACAAAAUAAAUCUCCAGUUCUGCCUCAUCCUAUGGGUUCACUCACAGGUUAUGGUACAUGAUUCAUGUCUGACUGAGUUAGUCUCCGAAAUUCCUGAGGUAAUGGCUGGACAUCUGCAGAUGUCAAGAACAGUUUCAAUGUGUCUAUCAUCCAAAGGGAGGCUACAGUUUUGAAUGAGGGAAGACAGAGGAAAACUAAGCCUUCAUGCUUUAAAGUAAGAUUAAAAGCUGAGUAUGAUUACUACUUGUAAACAACACUUUUAUCCAUCAGAGCCAUGAAAGGGGCCGAGUUACAGCUACAGUCGAGUACCCGGUAAGGUCAUGUUGCCAAUAUAGAGGCUUUGCUCCUGUGCUCACUGACGCCAGCAGCUGCAGAGGUGAUUGGGCCCAGAUUGGAACUAGCCUCAGAUGAACUCUUCAUGACCACAUUUCCCAGGAUUAUAAAUCAAAGGAAAAGCAAUUGUUGUAAGUCACAUUGGCAAUAAAAAGAAACAACUUAGAGCACUGCCUGUUGGAACUUGUUUCUUUAUCAGUGACAGUAUUUUAAUUUAGUCUUUGGUGUGGUUUAGAAUCAAGAGCGGCUUGUUCUUUUAGGCAUCUCUUGAUCUAGGAGCCAUCUAGACACGGAGGAAGAAUGUUUUCUAAUAUGUAGGACCUCUUCGAUCAGAUUUGGAUUGGUUUAGUCACUUGCUUCGAGGACAAACAUUCGUGUGAAUCAUCUCCAUUUAUGCCUAUAAUUUGAAAGUGCAGCACUCCUUUAAUGAUUUUUCAGGGAUAGUAAUCCAAAAGCUUGUUACAGGAUGGUUGUGAUCCUGCAGGGAGUUUCCCUACUCUGUGUGUAUCUUUUUCUGCAUUUCAGUGUAUCUGGGGGGAGGGGCUAGAGUACUGAUCUUAGAAUUCUACUUUAAAAACUUGAGUGUUUGUUUUUGUUGAUUCCUUGGCUUUCACUUAGCUUUCCUUACCCUGCCUUCCAAGUUUUUUCUCUAGCCCAGACCUAUUGCUUCCUCUAACCUGGUCCUGUAUUUGAUUUUACUCCUUUGUUUGUGCUGUUCCUACAAGUCAUUCUCUGUCUCCUUGCCUCCACAUGUCCAAAUUCCACCCAUCCUUCAAGGAAAGUCUACUUAAAUAUCAAUUCCUCUAGCAAGCUCUUUUUAUUUCUUCUAAACAUGUAUCUUUAUUUCUGAACUCAUAAUAAUUUUAUCUGUACAUCUUUAGUGGUUAUGACCUCUUAACUUCUUGUACAAGUGUUUGGACAAUUGUCAUCCUUGUAUUAUACUUUGAUUUAGAGAAACAAAUAAAAGUUACACACUUCUUGAGGGCUAGAACUUUGUAUUUCAUACAAUGCCUGAUAUAUUUAAGGGGCACGCAGUAUGUAUUUUACUGUAUGAAAUAAAUGGGUCCUUCUAUGUGUCUCUCUAUAUGUCUAUUCUCUGUGAAGUUUUCCCUUUUGACUUAAUAUUUUCUUGUAUUUCCAUCCACGUGUCUGUAUUGCCUUCCUUUUACCAUCAUUACAUGCAUAUAAACUUCAUGCUUAUUAUUUAAAA